CAAUAUCAAUAAUAACAACAAAUUUGCAAAUUUUAAUUUAUUAUAUUGGCCGAAAAUUUCAUCAAAAUUUCCAAUACCAUUGAUUGUUUGGCAUUCAUUAUUUGGCCAAAACAAUAAAUGGAAUUUUGGUAUCGUUCAUCGUGUAUCAAAUAUCGAUAUCGUAUCGAAAAAUUUAUUCAAUUUCAUUCACAAACAAUACAGAUUGAAAAAAAUUUGUUUGAACGGCGACGACAAUGCCUUUGGACAUAGAAUCUUUCCAACAGAUUCUUACAUUUUUGUUUGAUGAAAGCCUACAAUCCAGACAAUUUGUAUAUAUUGCUCAGGCAUUUCGUUAUUUUCUACAACGAUUAAAACAUGAACAAUUACAACAGCCAUCAUCAUCAUCAUCAAACAAUGGUGAUGAUGGUAAUGAUGAGAAAAAGGAGUAUAGAUUUAAAUUUGAAAUCGGACGAUUUAUAGUACAAUUAUUAUUCCAUCAUUCCGUAUUGUUGCCGAAAUUUUCACAAAAAGUCAUUGCAUUAUAUCUAUUGUAUGAUCUUUAUAAUUGGCCGGUAAAAAUUUACAAUCCAUUCAACGGUAUCAUCUAUGAUAUUCUUAAUAUUUCAACAUAUAAAAGUAGUGCAAUCUACUUUCAAUUCAUUCAUGAUUUUCAAAAAUUUUUUAAAGAAAAAUUUCAAAAUUUUCAAGAUGAAAAUCUAACAUUUUUUGAAAAUUAUUUCGACAUUAUCGAUAAAUUCGAUCUAUUAAUGGAACGUCGCAAUUUUAUUGAAUCAUCAUCUGGAAUUGAAAAAAAUCUCAUUUGUGAUUAUCAUACAAAUUCGACUAUAUUACAUACAAAAUUACAGGUACUAUCGAAACAUAUAAAAAAAGUUAUCCGUGAAAGGCUAGAAAUUCGUGAUAUUCUAAGAAAUUCGGAUUUUGCUAAAAUGUAUGAUUUUAUUGAAAGAAUAUCCACACAACAACAACACCAAUCAUUAACGAUCAAUCAUAAUGAAUCGAGAAAUGAUAAUGAAAAUUUUGAUAAUUUUUCAUUGAUCGAUGUUAAUAUCAAUAAAAACAACAAUAAUACUCAUAAUGUUGAUGAUAACGGACAACAACAGCAACAACAACCACAGCAGCUAUUACAAGAUCCAUUGUAUUCGACACUGUGCAUUCCGAAAUAUUUUAUGGAUAAUUUCGAGAAACCAGUUGCCGUCGAUAUUUAUACUGUUUUUGAAUUUCCACAAUUACCCACCAUUGCCAAGAAUUAUUUCAUCAGUCUUUAUAUAAUUGUUGAUGAACUGUCCCGACAAGAGUUCUUAAAACUAAGUCCAAUGGAUAUUGUUAGCUGUGAUUUUCUACCGCAACAAGUUUCUGUAAUGAAAAGAUUUCGUAAAAAAUUUUUCGGUGAAAAUUAUUGCUUUUUACAACAUUUAAUUUUCGAAAGCAUUUAUAUGAAACAAUUAAAACAACAACAACAACAACAACAGUUUGUCGAAUGUUCAUCUAGUGGCCAAAAUUCUACCUCAACAACAAUGUUAUCUUCUGAACAGCCAAUCAUAAUGAAACCGAUAACAAAAACCGAAUUUCUUUCAUACAUAGAACUGUUAAUGGAUAAAUCAUGUCUGUAUUAUUUUCCCUUUUUUCCAUCGAUCAAAAAUGAAAAUGAACAUUUUGAUUUUGAUGAUCCGAAAGAGAAGACAAAUACUUUAUUGAAAUCAUUGCUUAAAUCAAACUAUGAUAUUGAUGUGGAAUAUUUUCUGGAUAAUAAUCUAGUCAAUUAUUAUAAUAAUCAACAUGCUAAUCAUAUAAACUCAUCACAAUCAUUUGAACAUUUUUUUCAUCAUCAUCAUCAUCAUGUCAAUAAUAAUGAUAAGAAUAAUUCUUCAUUGAUCGAGCUUCCAUUUAAUGUUGUUGAUGGCGAUAAUAAUGAAUGGCAACAAUUUUCUCUGGUCAAUAAUAAAGAUGAUAAUAAUAAUAUGAAUAAUAAUAAUGAUAAUGGUAAAAUUGAUAAUGAUGGAACCAUCAUAAUUGAUUCGAAUGAAAUUGAUGGCAAUAAAGCCUGUAAUGAAGAUGAGAAUAUUACGAAUCUACUUAAAAAAGCUUGUCAACAAUCAUUGACAAUGUCUGAAAUGAAAUCUGUUCAAUCACAAUUGAAAACAAUACCAUCAUUAUCAUCAUCAUUGUUGUUGUUAAAAUCUAUCUUAACCGUUGUUGAUCCAACCAGUCUACCUGGUUUGGUGGAAAAUAAUCCAAGUAUUGCGCACGAAUUAUUACCAAUAUUGAUACAACAAUCUCCACUAAAAAAUUUUUUACCAUCCACAAUAUCAUCAUCAUCAUCAUCAUCAACAUUGAUAAAUGAAAAUAAAGAUGAAAUCAUCAUUACAAUGUCCAACAUACGUGAUUAUCUUGCUGCAUUAGUCGAUAUGGAUACAUCACUUCAUUCAAUUGAAGUGGUUAAUAAAUUAUCUACACAGCUAUUAUUACCAGAAGAAUUUACCUAUCGUUAUAUAACGAAUUGUAUACGUACAUGUGAAAAUAUUAAAGAUCGUUAUCUACAGAAUCGUCUUGUACGUUUAGUAUGUGUAUUUCUAACGGCAUUGAUUUGUAAAGAAAUAAUUGAUGUAAGAAAAAUUUUCUUUGAAUUACAAGCAUUCUGUAUUGAAUUCUCACAGAUACGUGAUGCAGCAACAUUAUUUCGUCAGCUAAAACAAUUGGAAACACCACCAAAUGAUUCAUCUUCAACAACAACAACAACAACGAUGAUAACCACUACAUGUUCAAAUGCAACAACAGCAGCAUCAUCAUCAUCAUCAUCGUCAUCGGCUGUUGGUGAUUUUCAAAUAUAAUCUUUAUUUU